UAACAAAUACGCAUACCAUGCAAAUUAGCAUCACCUGCAUAGAAAGUGUUCACCGUGCGCCUGCGUUUACAGUCCAAAGUUUCCGUUACUUCACCUUUCUCCUUUUCCUUUUCCUUUUCCUUUCCCUUUCCUUUCCUUUCCUCCAACGGAAGCAACUAGUCACAUGGUCUCGAAUCACAAACCCUAAUCACUCCAUCUUCGAAUCUCUCCCUCUUACAUCCUCAAAGAUUGAAGGCUUGGGUUUACAGGGUUAGUGUAGCUGUGGGUUCAUUCUUUUGGAUUGAGAAUUCAGAUUAGAUGGAUGUGGAUGGUGGUAGCACCUCAACAAUUGUUAUAGAAGAAACUCGAUCAAUUCCAAUUCUUUCAGGGCGACCGAAAACUAUAUAUCAGUUUACCCAACAAAGUCUCCCAGCUUGUAAACCUGUUCUAACACCAUCAUGGGUCAUUACAACAUUUUUUUUGAUGGGUGCCAUUUUUAUUCCUGUUGGGCUUGUUUCUCUUCAUGCUUCACAGAGCGUUGUGGAAAUUGUGGACAGAUAUGAUAUUGAGUGUAUACCGGAGUCUUUUAAAAGUAACAAGCUGGCAUAUAUCAAAGAUAAUUCAAUUCCGAAAAAUUGUUCCCGAUUCCUAAAGGUGAACAAACACAUGAAAGCUCCAAUUUACAUCUACUAUCAGCUUGAUAACUACUACCACAACCACCGACGGUAUGUCAAAAAUAGAAGUGAUCAGCAGCUCUUGCAUGGUUUGAAGUACAAUGACACAAGUUCCUGUAGACCUGAAGAAUUGAACAACGGGCUCCCGGUUGUACCUUGUGGUUUGAUUGCAUGGAGUUUGUUUAAUGACACGUUUACCUUCUCUCGUGGAACAGAGGAAUUAAAGGUUAACAGGAAGAACAUUGCAUGGAAGAGUGACCGAGAUCACAAAUUUGGGAAGCGAGUUUAUCCCUUCAAUUUCCAAAAUGGGACCUUGGUUGGCGGUGGGAAUCUUAAUCCAAGUAUUCCUUUAAGCGAUCAAGAGGAUCUUAUUGUAUGGAUGCGUACUGCUGCUCUCCCUACCUUCCGUAAGUUGUAUGGAAGAAUUGAAGAGGAUCUAGAUGCUGAUGAUGUUGUUGUAGUACAUCUCUUGAACAACUACAACACUUACAGUUUUGGUGGGAAGAAAAAGCUUGUUCUUUCAACAUCUGGUUGGUUGGGAGGAAAGAAUAACUUCCUUGGGAUGGCCUACAUUUUUGUUGGUUCUUCCUCUAUAUUCAUCUCCGUAGUCUUCAUAUUGCUUCAUGUGAGGAAUCCAAGGCCUUACGGUGACACAACCAUUAUAGCUUGGAACUGGAAAGGCAUUUCUACUUGAAAGGGCAAGCAUGAUAUUUUGGAGCCACUAGCCGGAGGCAUCAACACUGAGCUCCUUGAAAUGCUUUGAGUCGCCCAGGCAGUUUAAUUCUCAAGUUUGUAAAUUCCGAGUUGUAUACAUCCCACAAUGUGUUUGACGAUGUAUUUACAUAGUGCUUUCCUGUAAACCAGAAAGAGAAAUACCAUGCAGAGAGAGAAUCCCUACACCAGAUGGAUCUCCGGAAUAGCUUUCAAGUUGCUUAACAUUUCUACUGUGAAAGUAGCUUCGGCAAGACUGGCAAAUGGCCACUAUGCAGAUUUGAACCCCCACCCUUCACAUUUGAAGGUGUUUCUUUUUAAAAAAAAAAAUUUGAAAUGUGAAUAUGCCAGAUAUUGUAGUACAGUCCUAAAGAAGGGAUGAAACUGGGGACCCAAUUUUUAUUUUUUAUUUUUUUAUUUUUGACAGAUGGAUUUGAACGAUGUAAUUACUCAUUCAGAGGAAGAGACUGCCUCUAAACAUGAUUGUUAACUACUUCAACUUGUUCCGUUGAUGGUUGCCUUCUUCUGGCAUAAAUAAUUCAAGGAGUAGGGAUCUGAUCUUUCAGUGUUGACUUUAACCAGAAA